AUGGCCGCCGCCGCCACUUACGCCCGCCUGCCCAGAGCCCCGCGCGAGGCCGCCCGCACUCCUCCUCGACGGCUCCGCCUCGCUCGCCCGCCCGCCCGCUCGCGAAGCCCCGCCCCUCGGCGCGCAAGGCCGCUGCGGGCACGCACGGCGCCCUGCGCACACGCCGCCCGCACGUCGCUGCUUCCCGCCAAGCCCGCGGGCCCGCGCAUGCGCCGCCGCCCCGCCUGGCCCCAGCCCGCUGAUCACCUGCGCCGGGUCCUGGAGCAUCUGGAGGCGGUCGGACAGAUCGUGUACUUCACCGCUACCUUCCCCUACGUGGUCCUCGUCGUGCUGCUGGUGCGCGGAGUGCUGCUGCCCGGCGCCCUGGAUGGCAUCAUCUACCAUCUCAAGCCCGACUGGUCCAAGCUGGGGUCCCCGCUCGCAGCCCGGCAGCGGUGCGUUGCGAGCACGGGGUGGGAGUUUCCGAAGAGAAGGAUGGAUCGUGCGCUGACGCCGUAUCGCCUGCCGUGAGCCAGAACGCUGGGUCCUCCUCGGAGGCCGGCGACCGCCUCCUGUCCCUCUCCAGCCCGGGUUUAUGCCUCGUGGAGGCUCUCAGCGGCGCUGACCAACUUUGCACGAAAAGGCAAGUCGGUCUCAGGACACACGGAGGGCGCCUGGGCGGCUCGGUUGAGCACCUGCCGUGGGGGCUCACGUCAUGCUCGCGGGGGUUGCGAUCCAGCCCCACGUGGGGUUCCCUGCUCACCACGGAGCCUGCCUCUCCCUCUCCCUCGGCAGCCCCUCCCGCUUGUGCGCUCGCUCGCUCGCGCUCUCCCCCUCUCUCUCUCUGUGUCAACUUGGCAAGUUAAUCUUGGGGAAAAAAAUUAAAGACACCUGCAACACGGAAUGAGUACACAGGGACAGUCUAAAGCUGGAAACGUCGAGCAUGCUCAAAUUCCCUCUUUAAAUCCCCGAGAAGUACACUCGACCCUUGCACAACAGAGCCGCCACCCCGCACCACAGAAGAAUGCGUGUGACCCUCGACUCCCUCGAAACCUUACUACCAACAGGCUACCGGUGAGUGCGUGCCUCGCCGACGGCAUAAACAGCUGAGUGACAGGCCUGCUGCGGGGUAUGUAUGCCACAGACUGCCUUCUGCCCAGGAGGUGAGCGGGGGAAGGGAAAUGUGAAUAAAACCAGAAACAGGAGAAAAAAACCUUAGUCCUAGGCUGUGUUUGUUGAAAACUUCAGCACAGGAGUGGGCCCCUCAGAUUCAAACCUGUUUUGUUCAAGGGUCAAGUACAGGGAGGUUGAUAACGGGAGCUCAGUGCUUUAUAGACGCGCAGCGUCUUCGUCGAGGCCGUCGUCUGUAACUAGAUCGUAAUUGUGAUCCUGACCUGCAGCCUCUCUACUUUGCUGAUCGUCUUUCUCUUCUCCUCCUUGCUUUUCUUGCUUCUGGGACCUGUGUGACUCAACAUGAAAAUAAUACGCCGGGCUUCCCUGGGUGGCUCAGCGGUUCGCCGCCUGCCUUCGGCCCGGGGCGUGGUCCU